GAGACGCUUGCAUUUUACCCGGACAUGUAAGCGGUUGCACAGGUGCCUAGACUCAGUUUCGGCACGCCAUUGUGGAAAAUAGUUACUUUCACAUUGCCGACUCCUCACUGUGAGCUUGCUUUCCCAGUUGAGUUAUCCCGAGCAUAAUAACUGAAUAAGAACUGUUCCACAAUGGCUACGGACUCCUGGGCACAGGCAGUGGACGAGCAAGAAGCCGCGGGGGUAUCGAUCGGUAGCCUCCAAAUAAAAGACAAACCGGAGGAAAAUGGCACGGCUGCAAAUACAACAGACUCCAGCAGUGCAGCUGCAAAGUCAGAAGUUGAGGGAGAAAACAAGGGUACAGAAGAAGAUGACAACGAGGACAAAGCUGCGCAGUCAUUGUUGAACAAGCUGAUACGGAAUAAUCUUGUCAAUAACACGAAUCAAGUGGAAGUUCUUCAGAAGGAUCCCAACUCUCCACUAUACUCUGUCAAGUCUUUUGAGGAGUUGCGACUCAAACCACAGCUGCUUCAGGGUGUCUACGGCAUGGGUUUCAACCGACCAUCCAAAAUCCAGGAGACUGCCUUACCUAUGAUGCUGGCCGAACCUCCACAGAAUCUGAUUGCCCAGUCGCAGUCGGGAACAGGGAAAACGGCUGCCUUUGUCCUGGCCAUGCUCAGUCAUGUAGAUCCCAACAACAGAUUUCCCCAGUGCCUGUGUGUGUCACCCACCUAUGAACUGGCACUUCAGACUGGCAAGGUAAUUGAGCAGAUGGGCAAACACUAUCCUGAGGUCAAACUAGUCUACGCCAUCAGAGGAAACAAAUUGCAGCGAGGCAUGAAGCUGCAGGAACAGAUAGUUAUUGGCACACCUGGUACCAUGCUGGACUGGUGUGGGAAAUUCAAGUUCAUAGACCCCAAGAAGAUCAAGGUGUUUGUGCUCGACGAGGCUGAUGUCAUGAUUGCCACACAGGGUCACCAGGACCAGAGCAUCCGUAUCCAGAGGAUGUUGCCUAAAAACUGCCAGAUGUUGCUGUUCUCAGCCACGUUUGAAGAGACAGUCUGGAACUUUGCCCAGCGUAUUGUGCCUGACCCCAACAUCAUAAAGUUGAAGAGAGAGGAGGAGACGCUGGAUACCAUCAAACAGUACUACGUGUUGUGCAACAGCAGAGAGGAGAAGUUCCACGCCCUUUGUAACAUCUACGGAGCCAUCACCAUCGCUCAGGCCAUGAUCUUCUGCCAUACAAGGAAGACUGCAGGCUGGCUGGCGGGGGAGCUUUCCAGAGAAGGCCACCAGGUGGCGCUGCUUAGUGGAGAGAUGCAGGUGGAGCAGAGGGCUGCUGUCAUCGACCGCUUCAGAGAUGGCAAGGAGAAGGUCCUGGUCACAACAAACGUUUGUGCUCGAGGUAUUGAUGUCGAGCAAGUUUCUGUGGUGAUCAACUUUGACUUGCCAGUAGACAAGGAUGGUAACCCAGACAAUGAGACAUAUCUGCACAGGAUUGGCCGCACAGGUCGAUUUGGCAAAAGGGGACUGGCCAUCAACAUGGUGGACAGCAAGAUGAGCAUGAACAUCCUCAACAGGAUCCAGGAGCAUUUCAGUAAGAAAAUUGAAAAACUAGACACAGAUGAUCUGGAUGAAAUAGAGAAAAUCGCCAGCUAAAGAGGAUGGCGUUUAUCGCAUGAAGGACGACGGCCGCACUUCCUUCCCCUCUUGGCUCUCCAAGGACUGUACGCUCUGUACAGUGUUUUUAUGCUUUCAUUUUUUUAGCCGUUGGAGAAAAGCGCAAACCCACAAACGCAGCAUAUGUUUACACGUGGAUGUGUCUCCUCUCAGAAAAGUGUUUUGUAAGUCCCUGGAACAUACCCCAUUUCACUCUUUGUAUACUACUUUGAAUAAAGUCUAUACGUUUAAUGCUGUGUAUCGUGCAAAAGCGACUGUUUUACUGAACACACAUGGCGUUA